AUGCCUUCUGUUCAGUCGAUCAUCGUUUCUCUGCUCGCCGCUGGCUCGGCAUUCGCUUCUCCUGUUCCCGCUGAGCUCGAUGCGAGGCAAUCGACCAACUUGAAUGCGAAGUUUGUUGCGAAGGGAAAGCAGUACUGGGGUACUUGCGCCGAUUCGGGAACUCUCAGCAACACCCAAAAUGCCAACAUCAUCAAAGCUCAAUUUGGCCAACUCACCGCCGAGAACUCCAUGAAAUGGGAUGCCACAGAACCCUCCCGCAACCAGUUCACCUUCACCGGCGCCGACGCCCUCGUCAACUUCGCCAAAACCAACAACAAGAAAAUCCGCGGCCACACUCUUGUCUGGCACUCUCAACUCCCACAAUGGGUCAAAGAUAUCAAGGACCGUAACACUCUGACUCAAGUCAUCCAAAACCACGUCACAACCAUCAUGACCCGCUACAAAGGCCAGAUUUUUCAAUACGAUGUCGUGAAUGAGAUUUUUGCCGAAGAUGGAAAACUACGACAAUCAGUAUUCUCGGACGUGCUGGGAGAGGAUUUCGUGAAGAUUGCGUUUGAGGCGGCGAGGAAAGCUGAUCCCGCCGCAAAACUCUACAUAAACGACUACAACCUCGACUCCUCCACCUACGCCAAAACCACCGGCCUCGUCUCCAAAGUCAAACAAUGGCGUUCUCAAGGCAUCCCCAUCGACGGCAUCGGCUCUCAAUCCCAUCUCUCCGCCUCUGGUUUCGGUUCUGCUUCCGGAGUCCAAGCCGCUUUGGAACUCCUCGCUUCUGCGGCUCCAGAAGUCGCUAUUACGGAGUUGGAUAUUAAGCAAGCGAAACCGGAAGAUUAUGUUACGGUUGCGAAGGCUUGUUUGAAUGUGAGUAAGUGUGUGGGGAUUACGAGUUGGGGGGUUAGUGAUAAGGAUUCUUGGAGGAGUGGAGAUUCGCCGUUGUUGUUUGAUGGGAGUUAUCAGCCUAAGGCGGCGUAUACGGCUGUUGUGAAUGCUUUGUAG